AUGAGCAUCACCGGCGCCGACUCCGGCAGCGCGCUGCAGUUCCUCGAGCUUACCAACUGGAAACUGGACGAGGCAGUCAACCUGUACAUGGAGAGCGGCGGCCAGAGCGCUAAUACGGCGUUUGCAGCUCCGCGCCAGGCUGCAGCAAGCUCCAGCGCUACUUUCAGCCCCCCACCGGCUCCGUCAACAGACAUGGACGCGGCCACCGCCGCCGCCAUCGCUGCUGCCUACGGAGAAGAUGACAACGCCGUGCGAGCGCCCGAUCCGUCGAAACGCCAGCGUCUCGUGGACUCCGGGAUGGACCUCAUGCGACCAAUGCGUCAUCUGCGCGACCAAAACCGCGACUUUGCAGCUGAGAGCAUUGCGGCGAUGACGGCCGGCAGCAUUUCCACGGCCUUCGGAGACCCUGGAGCAGUGGCGUUUGGCGAGGCCUCGAACAAUUCGAACGAUGCAGACGGUACCAGCACUGAGCGCACGCGCGAUCUUAGCACGUUGUUCCAGCCACCCACAGCCAUCAUGUUUCAAGGAACUUACGCUGAUGCUCGUACGCACGCCAAGAAUGAGGGAAAAUGGCUCCUGGUCAACAUCCAAGACGAAAUCGUGUUCGCAAGUCACAUGCUCAACCGCGACACGUGGAGUGACGACGUAGUGCAAAACCUCGUGGCGAGCGGCUUCGUGUUCUGGCAAAAUUAUUGGGCGUCGGAGCACGGCAAGAAGUUUUGCAGUUUGUACCAGAUUGACCGCGACUCGCUUCCAAUCGUGGUGAUUAUCGAUCCACGGACAGGAGAAAUCCGACAGCGCUGGACUGGCUUCUAUGAGCCGCAAGACAUGACAGAAAAAUUGUCGGACUUUUGCUGUAUGCACACAUUUGAUACACCGUCGACAGAGAUAAAGAAGGCUGAGCCCGAUAUCAUGGAUGCUUCUGAAGAUGACCAGCUAGCCGCGGCUAUCGCUGCCUCGAUGCAGAACGGUGGAGGCGAGACAAAGCAAGAUGGAAAUGCCAUGGAGCAAGAGGAGAAGAACGACGAGGAGAAGGCGCAGGAACCAGUUGUGGACUUAACUCCAGAGCCCGAUGCUGGUGCCCCCGGUGUUACCCGAGUUCAGAUUCGCGUGCCCGAUGGUUCUCGCCUUACGCGGCGCUUCCUCAAGUCGGACCCGCUUGCUAUGGUGUGGACGUUCGUGAAGGAUCAGGUCUCUGAAGCUCGAACACGCGCGUUUGAGCUGCGGACUUCCUUCCCACCCAGCGCUGUGGCCUACAACGACACGUUAUCCAUUGAAGAGGGGAAGCUCGAGAAUGCGUCACUCAUGGUCAAAUGGCUGUGAGCAAAUUCGCCGUCGUGAAUUCAAUUUUCCGUACAAGAAAAUGCGGCGCGGUUAGCCACAUUGAAUCUUCGAUAUUGCUAUGCGUAGUACUCGAACGCAACAGCAUAAGAAUGAACGCCACUGUGUCUUAGAUUUUAGGUAAACAACCUUCAUUUC